AAAUGAUAGAAAGUAGGUUAAUGGUGGGGUCAAAAAUAAAUAAUUCGACAAAUGAAAUCAGCAAACAGUAGGUUGAGUUGUACAGAUUAACUCUCUAACUACUUCAUCCAACCCACUUAACACCAUAAUAAUGCAGCCUCCCAAACCUCAUCCUUUAAUUUCAUGUGAUUUAAUUUCCACAAAUGAAAUCAUUUUAUCUUCUUCAUCACGCACACGCACACAUAUAGCAACCUAUUAAUCUAGCUCACUAUUAGAACCGGAUUUUGCUGCAGUAGAGAUUUCAUUUCAUCCACAUAUAAAUCUCAUAUUUAGGAAGUUAAUGAUAAUGAGAGGUAGAUUUGUGCUCAUUCCUUUCUCCAUCCGCUGUGAUUCUGAGUCAAGCGUUGCUCUCGCCGUCUCCGCCGCCGCCACCACCACCUCUCCUAAACAAUCCAAAACCAGAGGAAUUAAGAGUGGCGAGGAGAACUUGAAAAUGAAUAAUAUUAAAAAUCAGACAAUUUCAAAAGCGACAUUAUCUGAAGGGCUACACAGAUUAAUCAGAUGCGUCAAGAGUUUCUCUCAAUUCUUCGUUUACAAGGAAGAAAUGGGGCAGAUGGAAGAGGAGAUGGAAAUAGGGUUUCCAACAGACGUGAAGCACGUGACGCACAUAGGGUUAGAUGGAUCCACGAGCGUUAAUAACUCCGUUCUCAAAGCUACCGAAAUUCUUUCAUUUCCUUCAAUGUCUUUGCAGCAAUUUGAACUUGCCAUGGCUGCACAAUCCACUACUCCUCUUUGACCUUUUAUUACCUUGUGUUGUGUUGUAUCACUUCAUUUUUUUCAUUUUCCAUGUGUUCGACGAUUCUUAAUUUUAUGCAUCUUAUAUAUAUAUAUAUUUAUCUUUAUCA